CGCGGGGCGGCGCGGCAUUCCUUCCGGGCUGCUGGGGAGGCGCCUCGACGUUCCAUCUGGAGAGCCUCGACGUUCCGCCCGAGCCCAGCGCGGGCGGCCGGGGCGCUGGCCCGGCCCUAGGACUGAGAGGCCGCCGGGCGACGCGGAUGCGGAGCCUGCUUGCCCAAGAUCAAAGCCACCGGUGCUCUCUUUGUGUCCGCUCGGGAUUCGCCGCCCUCGGGCUGUCCAUGGAAACCUAAACUGCUGGAACCCGAGGCAGAGAACCCUUCUUUGGCUUCUUGCUUUUUUUCGGGGGGAGGAGGGUGGCCACUCCGACCUGGAUUUACCGUUCUUGGCCCCCUUAAGCCCCCCCGUGCGGGGGGCGGCUGUGAUCGCUCUGGCGGUUGGAGGUCGGGGAGCGGCCCGGGCUCUGGCCAUGUUCUCGGAUGAGGAUUUCUGGAUCGCCCUGUGAAGAGGUCUCCCCGAGAGGGCCCUGCCCAGUCGGAGAGAGGGAUGGACAGCCAGAAGCCGCCUGGUGAGGAUAAAGAUUCAGAACCGGCAGCUGAUGGACCUGCAGCCUCUGAGGAGUCAGGCACCACUGAGCCAGACCUUCCCAACCCAUAUGUGGGGGAGGUCUCUGUGCCCAGUUCUGGAGGUCCUAGGCUUCAGGAGCCUCCCCGGGACUGCAGUGGGGGUCCAGUGCGGCGUUGUGCUCUCUGUAACUGCGGGGAGCCUAGUCUACAUGGGCAGCGGGAACUACGGCGCUUUGAGUUGCCAUUUGACUGGCCCCAGUGUCCAGUGGUGUCCCCUGGGGGGAACCCAGGGCCCAACGAGGCAGUGCUGCCCAGUGAGGACCUGUCACAGAUUGGUUUCCCUGAGGGCCUGACACCUGCCCACCUAGGAGAACCUGGAGGGUCCUGCUGGGCUCACCAUUGGUGUGCUGCGUGGUCGGCAGGUGUAUGGGGGCAGGAGGGCCCAGAACUAUGUGGUGUGGACAAGGCCAUCUUCUCAGGGAUCUCACAGCGCUGCUCCCACUGCACCAGGCUCGGUGCCUCCAUCCCUUGCCGCUCACCCGGAUGUCCACGGCUUUACCACUUCCCUUGUGCGACUGCCAGCGGUUCCUUCUUAUCCAUGAAAACACUGCAGCUGCUAUGCCCGGAGCACAGUGAGGGGGCUGCACAUCUGGAGGAGGCUCGUUGUGCAGUAUGCGAGGGGCCAGGGGAGUUGUGUGACCUGUUCUUCUGUACCAGUUGUGGGCAUCACUAUCACGGGGCCUGCCUGGACACUGCUCUUACCGCCCGCAAGCGUGCUGGCUGGCAGUGCCCUGAAUGCAAAGUGUGCCAAGCCUGCAGGAAACCUGGGAAUGACUCUAAGAUGUUGGUCUGUGAGACGUGUGACAAAGGAUACCAUACCUUCUGCCUCAAGCCACCAAUGGAGGAAUUGCCAGCUCACUCUUGGAAGUGCAAGGCAUGCCGGGUAUGCCGGGCCUGUGGGGCAGGCUCAGCGGAGCUGAAUCCCAACUCUGAGUGGUUUGAAAACUACUCACUCUGUCACCGCUGUCACAAGGCCCAGGGAGGACAGCUUAUUGGUUCUGUGGCUGAGCAGCAUCCCCCUGUCUGCAGCAGGUUCUCACCCCUAGAGCCUGGCGAUACCCCCACUGACGAGCCCAAAGCUCUGUACGUUGCAUGCCAAGGGCAGCCAAAGGGUGGGCACGUGACCUCCAUGCAACCCAAGGAACCGGGGCCCCUGCAAUGUGAAGCCAAACCACUAGGGAGAGCAGGGGCCCAACUUGAGCCCCGGUUGGAGGUCCCCCUAAACGAGGAGAUGCCACUGCUGCCCCCACCUGAGGAGUCGCCCCUCUCCCCACCACCUGAGGAAUCGCCCACAUCCCCACCACCUGAGGCAUCGCGUCUGUCCCCACCACCGGAGGAAUCACCCCUCUCUCCGCCGCCUGAGGAGUCUCCUCUGUCUCCUCCACCUGAAUCAUCACCUUUUUCUCCACUGGAGGAGUCGCCGUUCUCUCCACCAGAGGAGUCACCCCCAUCUCCCCCACUUGAGACGCCCCUGUCUCCACCGCCUGAAGCAUCACCCCUCUCCCCACCAUUUGAAGAGUCUCCCUUAUCCCCCCCACCUGAGGAGUUGCCCACUUCCCCGCCACCUGAAGCAUCUCGCCUGUCUCCACCACCUGAGGAGUCACCCAUGUCCCCGCCACCUGAAGAGUCACCCAUGUCUCCGCCACCUGAAGCAUCUCGUCUGUUCCCACCAUUUGAAGAAUCGCCCCUGUCCCCUCCACCAGAGGAGUCUCCCCUCUCCCCACCACCUGAGGCAUCCCGUCUGUCCCCACCUCCUGAGGACUCGCCUAUGUCCCCACCACCUGAAGACUCGCCUGUGUCCCCCCCACCUGAGGUAUCCUGCCUGUCCUCCCUGCCUGAGGUGUCACGCCUGUCCCCACCACCUGAGGAAUCUCCCCUGUCCCCACCACCCGAAGAGUCCCCCACAUCCCCUCCACCUGAGGCUUCCCGCCUGUUCCCACCACCUGAGGACUCCCCGACUUCCCCGCCGCCUGAAGACUCACCUGCUUCUCCGCCACCGGAGGACUUACUCAUGACCCUACCGCUAGAGGAGUCAUCCCUGUUGCCACUGCCCGAGGAGCCACGACUCUGCCCCCUGCCCGAGGAGCCGCGCCUGCCCCCUCAGCCCGAGGAGCCGCGCCUGUCCCCUCGGCCUGAGGAGCCGCGCCUGUCCCCUCAGCCCGAGGAGCCACGCCUGUCCCCUCGGCCCGAGGAGCCGCGCCUGUCCCCUCAGCCUGAGGAGCCGCGCCUGUCCCCCGCACUUGAGGAACCAUGCCUGUCCCCCGCGCCUGAGGAGCUGCGCCUGCCCCUUUGGCUUGAGGAGCCACGUCUGUCCCCCCGGCCUGAGAAGCCAUGCCUGUCCCCUGCCCCUGAGGAGCUGCACCUGUCCCCCCGGCCUGAGGAGCCCUGUCUGUCCCCCCGGCCUGAGGAACCGCGCCUGUCCCCCCGGCCUGAGGAACCGCGCCUGUCCCCCCGGCCUGAGGAGCCGCGCCUGUCCCCCCGGUCUGAGGAGCCGUGCCUGUCCCCACGGCCUGAGGAGCCACGCCUGUCCCCCAUGCCUGAGGAGCCGCAGUUGUCUCCCCGGCCUGAGGAGCCGCCCCUGUCCCCCAUGCCUGAGGAGCCGCCCCUGUCCCCCGGGCCUGAGGAGCCGCGCCUGUCCCCCGGGCCUGAGGAGCCGCGCCUGUCCCCCCGGCCUGAGGAGCCACGCCCGUCCCCUCAACCUGAGGAACCGCGCCUGUCCCUUGGACCUGAGGAACCGCGCCUGUCCCCUCGACCUGAGGAACCGUGCCUGUCCCCUCGACCUGAGGAACCGCGCCUGUCCCCUCGACCUGAAGAGCCCCCUGAGGAGCCAGGCCUAUGCCCUGCACCUGAGGAAUUGCCCUUGUUCCUCCCACCUGGGGAGCCAUCUUUAUCCCCCUUGCUUGGAGAGCCGGCCCUGUCUGAGCCUGGGGAACCACCUCUGUCCCCUCUACCAGAGGAGUUGCCGUUGUCCCCAUCCGGGGAGCCAUCCUUGUCACCUCAGCUGAUGCCACCAGAUCCUCUUCCUCCUCCGCUCUCACCCAUUAUCACAACUGUGGCCCCGCCGGCUCUGUCUCCUUUGGGGGAGUUAGAAUACCCCUUUGGUGCCAAAGGGGACAGUGACCCUGAGUCGCCGUUGGCUGCCCCCAUCCUUGAGACGCCCAUCAGCCCUCCACCAGAAGCUAACUGCACUGACCCUGAGCCUGUGCCCCCUAUGAUCCUCCCCCCAUCUCCAGGCUCCCCAAUGGGACCAGCCUCUCCCAUCCUGAUGGAGCCCCUUCCCUCUCGGUGUUCUCCACUCCUGCAACCUUCCCUUCCUCCCCAAAACUCUCCUCCUUCCCAAUGUUCUCUUCCUGCUCUGCCAUUGUCCGUUCCCUCCCCACUGAGUCCCAUGGAGAAGGCAGUGGAGGUCUCAGAUGAGGCUGAGCCGCAUGAGAUGGAGACUGAGAAAGUCCCAGAACCUGAGUGUCCAGCCUUGGAACCCAGCCCCACUAGUCCUCUCCCCUCGCCCAUGGGGAACCUUUCCUGCCCCGCACCCAGCCCUGCCCCAGCUCUGGAUGACUUCUCUGGUCUGGGGGAAGACACAGCCCCUCUGGAUGGGACUGACACUCCUGGUUCACAGCCAGAGGCUGGACAGACCCCUGGCAGUUUGGCUAGUGAACUUAAGGGUUCCCCUGUGCUCCUGGACCCCGAGGAGCUGGCCCCCGUGACCCCUAUGGAGGUCUAUGGCCCAGAAGGCAAGCAGGCAGGGCAGGGUUCACCCUGUGAAGAGCAAGAGGAGCCACGUGUACCGGUGGCCCCUACCCCACCCACUCUCAUCAAAUCCGACAUCGUUAAUGAGAUCUCUAAUCUGAGCCAGGGUGAUGCCAGUGCCAGUUUUCCUGGCUCAGAGCCCCUGCUAGGCUCUCCCGACCCCGAGGGGGGCGGCUCCUUGUCCAUGGAGCUGGGGGUAUCUACAGACGUUAGUCCAGCCCGGGAUGAGGGCUCCCUGCGGCUCUGUACUGACUCGCUGCCAGAGACUGACGACUCGCUACUAUGUGAUGCUGGGACAGCAAUUGGCGGAGGCAAAGCCGAGGGGGACAAGGGGAGGCGGCGCAGCUCCCCGGCUCGUUCCCGCAUCAAACAGGGUCGCAGCAGUAGUUUCCCAGGAAGACGCCGGCCACGUGGAGGAGCCCAUGGAGGACGUGGGAGAGGACGGGCCCGGCUAAAAUCAACUACUUCUUCCAUUGAGACUCUGGUAGUUGCUGAUAUCGAUAGCUCUCCCAGCAAAGAGGAAGAAGACGACGAUGACGACACCAUGCAAAAUACUGUGGUUCUCUUCUCCAACACAGACAAGUUUGUCCUAAUGCAGGACAUGUGCGUGGUUUGUGGCAGCUUUGGCCGGGGGGCAGAGGGCCACCUCCUUGCCUGUUCCCAGUGUUCCCAGUGCUAUCACCCUUACUGUGUCAACAGCAAGAUCACCAAGGUGAUGCUGCUAAAGGGCUGGCGUUGCGUGGAGUGCAUCGUGUGUGAGGUGUGUGGCCAAGCCUCGGACCCCUCACGCCUGCUGCUCUGUGAUGACUGUGACAUUAGCUACCACACAUACUGCCUGGACCCGCCACUGCUCACCGUGCCCAAGGGGGGCUGGAAGUGCAAGUGGUGUGUGUCUUGUAUGCAGUGUGGGGCCGCCUCCCCUGGCUUCCACUGUGAAUGGCAAAAUAGUUACACACACUGCGGCCCCUGCGCCAGCCUGGUGACCUGCCCUAUCUGUCACACCCCAUACGUGGAAGAGGACCUACUAAUCCAGUGCCGCCACUGUGAACGGUGGAUGCAUGCUGGCUGCGAGAGCCUCUUCACGGAGGAUGACGUGGAGCAGGCGGCCGAUGAGGGCUUUGACUGUGUCUCCUGCCAGCCCUAUGUAGUAAAGCCUGCUGCACCUGUCGCACCUCCAGAGUUGGUGCCUAUGAAGGUGAAAGAGCCAGAGCCUCAAUACUUUCGCUUCGAGGGCGUGUGGCUGACAGAAACGGGCAUGGCUGUGCUGCGUAACCUUACCAUGUCACCCCUGCACAAGCGGCGCCAGCGGCGAGGACGGCUUGGCCUCCCAGGCGAGGCAGGGCUGGAGGGUUCUGAGCCCUCAGAUGCCCUUGGUCCUGAUGACAAGAAGGAUGGGGACCUGGACACUGAUGAGCUGCUCAAGGGUGAAGGUGGCGUGGAGCACAUGGAAUGUGAAAUGAAACUGGAGGGCCCUGUCAGCCCUGACGUGGAGCCUGGCAGAGAGGAAACUGAGGAAAGCAAGAAACGCAAACGCAAACCCUAUCGGCCUGGCAUCGGUGGUUUCAUGGUGCGACAGCGGAAAUCCCACACACGUGUGAAAAAGGGGCCUGCUGCACAGGCGGAGGUGUUGAGUGGGGAUGGGCAGCCCGACGAGGUGAUGCCUGUGGACCUGCCUGUUGAGGGCCCUGUGGACCAGAGCUUAGCUGAUGGGGAUGAGAAAAAGAAGCAGCAGAGGCGAGGGCGCAAGAAGAGCAAACUGGAAGACAUGUUUCCUGCUUAUUUGCAGGAAGCCUUCUUUGGGAAGGAGCUGUUGGACCUGAGCCGGAAGGCCCUUUUUGCAGUUGGGAUGGGCCGGCCAACUUUUGGCCUAGGAACCCCAAAAGCCAAAGGGGAUGGAGGCUCAGAUAGGAAGGAGCUCCCCACCUCACAGAAAGGAGAUGAUGGUCCGGAUGUUGCAGAUGAAGAAUCCCGUGGCCCUGAGGGCAAGGCUGAUACACCAGGACCUGAGGAUGGAGGUGUGAAGGCAUCCCCAGUGCCCAGUGACCCCGAGAAGCCUGGCACUCCGGGUGAAGGGAUGCUUAGCUCUGACUUAGAUAGGAUUCCCACGGAAGAACUGCCCAAGAUGGAAUCCAAGGACCUGCAGCAGCUCUUCAAGGAUGUUCUGGGUUCUGAACGAGAGCAGCACCUGGGUUGCGGAACCCCCGGCCCAGAUGGCAGCCGUACACCGCUGCAGAGGCCCUUUCUCCAAGGUGGACUCCCUUUGGGCAAUCUCCCCUCCAGCAGCCCAAUGGACUCCUACCCAGGCCUCUGCCAGUCCCCAUUUCUGGAUUCUAGGGAGCGCGGGGGCUUCUUUAGCCCGGAACCCGGUGAGCCAGACAGCCCCUGGACAGGCUCGGGGGGCACCACGCCCUCCACCCCCACCACCCCCACCACGGAGGGUGAGGGCGACGGGCUCUCCUAUAACCAGCGGAGCCUUCAGCGCUGGGAGAAGGAUGAGGAGUUGGGCCAGCUCUCCACCAUCUCGCCUGUGCUCUAUGCCAACAUUAACUUUCCCAAUCUCAAGCAGGAUUACCCAGACUGGUCUAGCCGUUGCAAACAAAUCAUGAAGCUCUGGAGAAAAGUUCCAGCUGCUGACAAAGCCCCCUACCUGCAAAAGGCCAAAGAUAACCGGGCGGCUCACCGCAUCAACAAGGUGCAAAAGCAGGCUGAGAGCCAGAUCAACAAGCAGACCAAGGUGGGCGACAUGGCCCGUAAGACUGACCGACCAGCCCUACAUCUCCGCAUUCCCCCCCAGCCAGGGGCACUGGGCAGUCCGCCCCCUGCUGCUGCCCCCACCAUUUUCAUUGGCAGCCCCACAACCCCCGCCGGCUUGUCUACCUCUGCGGACGGGUUCCUGAAGCCGCCAGUGGGCACAGUGCCCGGCCCCGACUCGCCCGGUGAGCUCUUCCUCAAGCUCCCACCCCAGGUGCCCGCCCAAGUGCCUUCGCAGGACCCCUUUGGACUGGCCCCCGCCUACGCUCUGGAGCCUCGCUUCCCCACGGCACCACCUACCUAUCCUCCCUAUCCUAGUCCGACUGGGGCCCCCGCGCCGCCUCUGACGCUGGGCGCCUCAUCUCGUCCUGGGACUGGCCAGCCAGGGGAAUUCCACACUACCCCACCUGGCACCCCCCGACACCAGCCCUCCACACCUGACCCCUUUCUCAAACCCCGCUGCCCCUCACUGGACAACCUGGCUGUGCCUGAGAGCCCAGGGAUAGGGGGAGGCAAGGCUGCCGAACCCCUGCUGUCACCCCCACCUUUUGGCGAGUCUCGGAAGGCCCUAGAGGUGAAGAAGGAAGAGCUUGGGGCAUCCUCUCCGAGCUACGGGCCCCCAAACCUAGGCUUUGUUGACUCACCUUCCUCAGGCCCCCACCUGGGCAGCCUGGAGUUAAAGGCACCCGAUGUCUUCAAAGCCCCCCUGACCCCUCGGGCAUCUCAGGUAGAGCCCCAGAGCCCGGGCUUGGGCCUAAGGCCCCAGGAGCCACCUCCUGCCCAGGCUUUGGCCCCUUCUUCCCCCAGCCACUCGGACAUCUUUCGCCCUGGCCCUUACCCUGAUCCCUAUGCCCAGCCGCCAUUGACCCCUCGGCCCCAACCCCCACCUCCUGAGAGCUGCUGUGCCCUGCCUCCUCGCUCAUUGCCCUCAGACCCUUUCUCCCGAGUGCCCGCGAGUCCCCAGUCCCAGUCCAGCUCCCAGUCUCCGUUAACACCCCGUCCUUUGUCUGCCGAGGCUUUUUGCCCAUCCCCUGUUACCCCUCGCUUCCAGUCCCCUGACCCCUAUUCCCGUCCUCCCUCACGCCCUCAGUCCCGUGACCCAUUUGCCCCCUUGCAUAAGCCACCCCGACCCCAGCCCCCUGAAGUUGCCUUCAAGGCUGGGCCUCUAGCCCACACUCCACUGGGGGCUGGCGGCUUCCCAGCAGCCCUGCCCUCAGGGCCAACAGGUGAGCUCCAUGCUAAGGUCCCAAGUGGACAGCCCCCAAAUUUCGCCCGGUCCCCUGGGACGGGUGCUUUUGUGGGCACCCCCUCUCCCAUGCGUUUCACUUUCCCUCAGGCGGUAGGGGAGCCUUCCCUAAAGCCCCCUGUCCCUCAGCCUGGUCUCCCUCCACCCCAUGGGAUCAACAGCCAUUUUGGGCCUGGCCCUACCUUGGGCAAGCCUCAAAGCACAAACUACGCAGUAGCCACAGGGAAUUUCCACCCAUCGGGCAGCCCCCUGGGAUCCAGCAGCGGGUCCACAGGAGAGGGCUUUGGGCUGUCCCCGCUACGCCCCCCGUCAGUCCUACCCACACCUGCACCCGAUGGAUCCCUCCCCUACCUGUCCCAUGGAGCCUCACAGCGGGCAGGCAUCACCUCUCCGGUCGAUAAGCGAGAAGACCCAGGGGCUGGAAUGGGCGGCUCUUUGGUGGCACCUGAACUUCCAGGUACCCAGGACCCAAGCCUGUCCAGUCUCAGCCAAACAGAACUGGAGAAGCAGCGCCAGCGCCAGCGACUCCGGGAGUUGCUGAUUCGGCAGCAGAUCCAGCGCAACACCCUGCGGCAGGAGAAGGAGACAGCUGCAGCAGCUGCAGGAGCUGUGGGGCCCCCGGGCAGCUGGGGUGCUGAGCCCAGCAGCCCUGCCUUUGAGCAGCUGAGUCGAGGCCAGACCCCCUUCGCCGGGACCCAGGACAAGAGUAGCCUUGUGGGGCUGCCCCCAAGCAAGUUGGGGGGCCCCAUCCUGGGGCCAGGGGCUUUUCCUGGUGAUGACCGACUCUCCCGGCCACCUCCACCAGCCACCCCUUCUUCUCUGGAUGUGAAUAGCCGGCAACUGGUGGGAGGCUCCCAAGCCUUCUAUCAGCGAGCGCCCUACCCUGGGUCCCUGCCCUUACAGCAGCAGCAGCAGCAGCAGCAACUGUGGCAGCAGCAGCAGCAGCAACAGCAGCAGGCAACGGCAGCCACUUCCAUGCGACUUGCCAUGUCUACUCGCUUUCCGUCAACUCCUGGGCCUGAACUGGGCCGCCCAGCCCUGGGUUCCCCCUUGGCGGGACUUCCCACUCGCCUGCCUGGCCCCGGAGAGCCAGUGCCUGGUCCAGCUGGUCCUGCCCAGUUCAUUGAGUUGCGGCACAAUGUCCAGAAGGGACUAGGACCUGGGGGGGCUCCAUUUCCUGGUCAGGGCCCCCCUCAGAGACCCCGUUUUUACCCAGUAAGUGAGGACUCCCACCGAAUGGCUCCUGAAGGGCUUCGAGGCCUCGCGGUAUCAGGCCUUCCCCCACAGAAACCCUCAGCACCCCCGGCCCCUGAAUUGAACAACAGCGUCCAUCCAAUACCCCACACCAAAGGUCCCUCCCUGCCCACCAGCUUGGAGCUGGUUAGCCGGCCCCCCUCAAGCACUGAGCUUGGCCGUCCUCCUCCUCUGGCCCUGGAAGCUGGGAAGUUACCCUGCGAGGAUCCUGAGCUGGACGAUGAGUUUGAUGCCCACAAGGCCCUAGAGGAUGAUGAGGAGCUUGCUCACCUAGGCCUGGGUGUGGAUGUGGCCAAGGGAGAUGAUGAGCUGGGCACCUUAGAAAACCUGGAGACCAAUGAUCCCCACCUGGAUGACCUGCUCAACGGGGAUGAGUUUGAUCUACUGGCCUACACUGAUCCUGAGCUGGACACUGGGGACAAAAAGGACAUCUUCAAUGAGCACCUAAGGCUGGUGGAAUCGGCCAAUGAAAAGGCAGAGCGGGAGGCCCUUCUGCGGGGGGUGGAGCCAGUAUCCUUGGGCCCUGAGGAACGCCCUCCACCUGCUGCUGAUGCCUCUGAGCCCCGUCUGGCAUCAGUGCUUCCAGAGGUGAAGCCCAAGGUGGAGGAAGGUGGGCGCCACCCUUCCCCUUGCCAAUUUGCCAUUACCACCCCCAAGGUAGAGCCGGCACCUGCUACCACUUCCCUAAGCCUGGGGCUGAAGCCAGGUCAGAGCGUUAUGGGCAGCCGGGACACCCGGAUGGGCACAGGACCCUUUUCCAGCAGUGGGCACACAACUGAGAAGGGCCCCUUUGGGGCCACGGGAGGACCACCAGCUCACCUGUUGACCCCCAGCCCGCUGAGUGGCCCAGGAGGGUCCUCUCUGCUGGAAAAGUUUGAGCUGGAGAGUGAGGCCCUGACCUUGCCCGGUGGCCAUACUGCAUCUGGGGAUGAGCUGGACAAGAUGGAGAGCUCGCUGGUAGCCAGUGAGUUGCCCUUACUUAUCGAGGACCUGUUGGAGCAUGAGAAGAAGGAGCUCCAGAAGAAGCAGCAGCUUUCCGCACAGCUGCAGCCUGUUCAGCAGCAGCAGCAGCAGCAACAGCAACAACAGCAACAUUCCUUGCUGUCUGCACCAGGCCCUGCCCAGGCCAUGUCUUUGCCACACGAGGGCUCUUCUCCCAGUUUGUCUGGACCCCAACAGCAGCUUGCCCUAGGACUUGGAGGUUCGCGACAGCCAGGCUUGGCGCAACCACUGAUGCCCACCCAGCCACCAGCACAUGCCCUGCAGCAACGUCUGGCCCCAUCCAUGGCCAUGGUAUCCAAUCAAGGGCAUAUGCUAAGUGGGCAGCAUGGAGGGCAGGCAGGCUUGGUGCCCCAGCAGAGCUCCCAGCCAGUGCUGGCACAGAAGCCCAUGGGUACCAUGCCACCUUCUAUGUGUAUGAAACCUCAGCAGCUGGCCAUGCAGCAGCAACUGGCUAACAGCUUCUUCCCGGAUACAGAUCUGGACAAAUUUGCGGCAGAAGAUAUCAUUGAUCCCAUUGCAAAGGCCAAGAUGGUGGCUUUGAAAGGCAUCAAGAAGGUGAUGGCUCAGGGCAGCAUUGGAGUGGCACCUGGUAUGAACAGGCAGCAAGUGUCCCUGCUAGCCCAGAGGCUCUCAGGGGGGCCCGGCAGUGAUCUGCAGAACCAUGUGGCAGCUGGAAGUGGCCAGGAGCGGAGUGCUGGUGACCCCUCCCAGCCUCGUCCCAACCCGCCCACCUUUGCCCAGGGAGUGAUCAAUGAGGCUGACCAGCGGCAGUAUGAGGAAUGGCUGUUUCAUACCCAACAGCUCCUACAGAUGCAGCUGAAGGUGCUAGAGGAGCAGAUUGGUGUGCACCGCAAGUCUCGGAAGGCUCUGUGCGCCAAGCAGCGCACUGCCAAAAAGGCUGGUCGUGAGUUCCCGGAGGCUGAUGCCGAGAAGCUCAAGCUGGUGACGGAGCAGCAGAGCAAGAUCCAGAAACAGCUGGAUCAGGUCCGGAAGCAGCAGAAGGAGCACACCAAUCUCAUGGCAGAGUAUCGGAAUAAGCAGCAGCAGCAGCAGCAGCAGCAACAACAGCAGCAGCAGCAACACUCAGCUGUGCUGGCCCUUAGCCCUUCCCAGAGUCCCCGGCUACUCACCAAGCUCCCUGGUCAGCUGCUCCCGGGCCAUGGGCUGCAGCCACCACAGGGGCCUCCGGGUGGGCAAGCUACAGGUCUUCGCCUGCCCCCAGGAGGCAUGACACUCCCUGGACAGCCUGGUGGCCCUUUCCUCAACACCUCCCUGGCACAACAGCAGCAACAGCAACACUCUGGUGGAGCUGGGGCCUUGGGGGGCCCCUCAGGGGGCUUUUUCCCAGGCAACCUGGCUCUUCGAGGCCUAGGACCCGAUUCAAGACUUUUACAGGAAAGGCAGCUGCAGCUCCAGCAGCAGCGCAUGCAACUAGCCCAGAAACUGCAACAGCAGCAGCAACAGCACCUCUUAGGACAGGUGGCAGUCCAGCAGCAACAGCAGCAGAGCCUGGGUGUACAGGCAAACCAGGCUCUGGGUCCCAAACCCCAGGGGCUUCUGCCUCCCAGCAGCCGUCAGGGCCUCUUGGUCCAACAGCUGUCCCCACAACCACCCCAGGGGCCCCAGGGCAUGCUGGGCCCUGCCCAGGUAGCAGUGUUGCAGCAACAGCAGCAGCAGCAACACCCUGGAGCCUUGGGCCCCCAGGGUCCUCACAGACAGGUGCUUCUGACCCAGUCCCGGGUGCUGAGUUCCCCCCAGCUGGCACAGCAGGGUCAGGGCCUCAUGGGACACCGGCUGGUCACAGCCCAGCAGCAGCAGCAGCAGCAACAGCAGCAACAGCAGCAACAGCACCAACAGCAGGGAUCCAUGGCAGGCCUUUCCCAUCUGCAGCAGGGCCUGAUGCCACACGGCGGGCAGCCCAAACUCAGCACUCAGCCCAUGGCCGCCUUGCAGCAGCAGCAGCUCCAGCAGCAGCAGCAGCAGCAGCAGCAGCAGCAGCUCCAACAGCAACAGCAGCAGCAGCAGCAACUCCAACAGCAACAGCAGCAGCAGCUCCAACAGCAACAGCAGCAGCAACUGCAACAGCAGCAAUUACAGCAGCAGCAGCAGUUUCAGCAGCAGCAGCAGCAACUACAGCAACAGCAGCAGCAGCAAUUUCAGCAGCAGCAGCAACAGCAGCAGCAGCAGCAGCAACAGCAGCAACAGCAGAUGGGCCUCUUGAACCAGAGUCGAACUUUACUGUCUCCACAGCAGCAGCAGCCGCAGCAGCCACAGCAGCAGGUGCCCCUUGGCCCCGGCAUGCCCGCCAAGCCCUCACAACACUUUUCUAGCCCUGGAGCCCUGGGUACCACUGUCCUGCUGACAGGCAAGGAGCAGAGCAUGGUAGAGACAGCUCUUCCUCCAGAGGCCACGGAGGGGCCAUCCACACAUCAGGGGGCACCGCUAGCCCUAGGGACUGUUCCUGAGUCGGCAGCCACUGAACCUGGGGAGGUGAAGCCCUCACUCUCCGGGGACUCACAGCUCCUGCUUGUCCAGCCGCAGACCCAGCCACAACCCAGCUCUGCGCAGCUGCAGCCACCUCUGAGGCUCCCGGGGCCACAGCAGCAGCAAGUUAACUUGCUCCACACAGCCACUGUGGGAAGCCAUGGGCAAGCAGGCAGCGGCUCAUCCUCGGAGGCCUCACCCAUGCCCCACCUGCUGGCCCAAUCCUCUGUUCCUUUAGGGGAGCAGCCUGGGACCAUGACCCAGAACCUUCUGGGCUCCCAACAGCCCCUUGGACUAGAGCGGCCGGUGCAGAAUAAUGCCGGGCCGCAGCCUGCCAAAGCAGGAUCUGUCCCCCAGUCUGGACCGGGCCUGCCUGGGCCUGGAGUCAUGCCGACAGUGGGUCAGCUUCGAGCGCAGCUCCAAGGAGUCCUGGCCAAAAACCCCCAGUUGCGGCACUUGAGCCCGCAGCAGCAGCAGCAGCUACAGGCACUCCUCAUGCAGCGGCAACUGCAGCAGAGUCAGGCAGUGCGCCAGGCCCCACCCUACCAGGAACCCGGAGCCCAGCCCUCUCCCCUCCAGGGCCUCCUGGGCCGCCAGCCCCAACUUGGGGGCUUCCCUGGAUCCCAAACAGGCCCCCUCCAGGAGCUAGGGGUGGGGCUUCGACCUCAGGGCCCACCCCGGCUCCCCGCCCCACAAGGAGCCUUAGCCACAGGACCGGUCCUCGGCCCUGUCCAUCCCACUCCUCCACCAUCCAGCCCCCAAGAGCCAAAGAGACCUUCCUCACAGCCCCCCGGAGCCAGCCCCCUGGUCCCAUCCCAGCUCCCUUCUGAGGCCCAGCUCCCUCCCACCCAGCCAGGGACCCCAAAACCCCAGGGGCCAUCCUUGGAGCUGCCUCCUGGGAGGGUCUCACCUGCUGCUGCCCAGCUUGCGGAUACGUUCUUCGGCAAGGGGCUGGGACCUUGGGACCCUCCAGACAGCCUAGUAGAAGCCCAGAAGCCAGAGCAGAGCAGCCUGGUACCUGGGCAUCUGGAGCAGGUGAAUGGGCAGGCAGUGCCUGAGCCACCCCAUCUCAGCAUCAAGCAGGAGCCUCGGGAAGAGCCAUGUGCCCUGGGAGCCCAGGCGGUGAAGAGGGAGGCCAACGGGGAGCCAAUAGGGGCACCAGGUACCAGCAACCACCUCCUGCUGGCAGGCCCCCGUUCAGAGGCCGGGCAUCUGCUCUUGCAGAAGCUUCUACGGGCAAAGAAUGUGCAACUCAGCACUGGGCGGGGGCCCGAGGGGCUGCGAGCUGAGAUCAACGGGCACAUUGACAGCAAGCUGGCUGGGCUGGAGCAGAAACUACAGGGUACCCCCAGCAACAAGGAGGAUACAGCAGCAAGGAAGCCUGUGACACCGAAGCCCAAGCGGGUACAGAAGGCAAGCGACAGGUUGGUGAGCUCCCGAAAGAAGCUGCGGAAGGAGGACGGGGUCAGGGCCAGCGAGGCCUUGCUGAAACAGCUGAAACAGGAGCUGUCCCUGCUGCCCCUAACGGAGCCUACCAUCACCGCCAAUUUUAGCCUCUUUGCUCCCUUCGGCAGUGGCUGCCCAGUCAACGGGCAGUGCCAGCUGAGGGGGGCCUUUGGAAGUGGGGCACUGCCCACUGGCCCUGACUACUAUUCCCAGCUGCUUACCAAGAAUAACCUGAGUAACCCGCCGACACCACCCUCGUCGCUGCCCCCCACCCCACCCCCAUCGGUGCAGCAGAAGAUGGUGAAUGGCGUCACUCCAUCCGAAGAGCUGGGGGAGCACCCCAAGGAUGCUGCCUCUGCCCGGGAUACUGAAGGGACGCUGAGGGAUGCUUCAGAGGUGAAGAGUCUAGACCUGCUGGCCGCCUUGCCUACACCCCCUCACAAUCAGACUGAGGAUGUCAGGAUGGAAAGUGACGAGGACAGCGAUUCUCCUGAUAGCAUUGUGCCAGCUUCGUCCCCCGAAAGCAUCCUAGGGGAGGAGGCACCUCGUUUCCCUCAGCUGGGCUCAGGCCGGUGGGAGCAGGAAGACCGGGCUCUCUCCCCUGUUAUCCCCAUAAUUCCUCGGGCCAGUAUCCCAGUCUUCCCAGAUACCAAACCUUAUGGGGCCCUGGACCUGGAGACCUCUGGAAAGCUGCCUGCCACAACUUGGGAAAAGGGCAAAGGAAGUGAGGUGUCGGUCAUGCUGACGGUCUCUGCUGCUGCGGCCAAGAACCUGAAUGGUGUGAUGGUGGCAGUGGCAGAGCUGCUAAGCAUGAAGAUCCCCAACUCCUAUGAGGUGCUGUUCCCAGAGAGCCCUGCCCGGGCAGGCAUUGAGCCUAAGAAGGGGGAAGCUGAGGGCCCUGGAGGGAAAGAAAAGGGUCUGGGAGGCAAGAGCCCGGAAGCUGGCCCUGAUUGGCUGAAACAGUUUGAUGCAGUGUUGCCUGGCUAUACCCUCAAGAGCCAGCUAGACAUCCUGAGCCUCCUGAAACAGGAGAGCCCUGCCCCAGAGCCCCCCACCCAACACAGCUACACCUACAACGUCUCCAAUCUGGAUGUGCGACAGCUCUCGGCCCCACCUCCUGAGGAACCCUCCCCGCCCCCGUCCCCCUUGGCACCCUCUCCUGCCAGCCCCCCUGCUGAGCCCCUGGUUGAACUCCCGGCUGAACCCUCAGCUGAGCCACCAGUCCCAUCGCCUCUGCCACUGGCCUCGUCCCCUGAGUCAGCCCGACCCAAGCCUCGAGCCCGGCCCCCUGAAGAAGGUGAAGAUUCCCGGCCCCCUCGCCUCAAGAAGUGGAAAGGGGUGCGCUGGAAGCGGCUGCGGCUGCUGCUGACCAUCCAGAAGGGCAGUGGGCGGCAGGAGGACGAGCGGGAAGUGGCGGAGUUUAUGGAACAGCUCGGCACAGCCCUGCGACCCGACAAGGUGCCUCGUGAUAUGCGGCGCUGCUGCUUCUGUCAUGAGGAGGGUGACGGGGCCACUGAUGGGCCGGCGCGCCUGCUGAACCUGGACCUGGACCUGUGGGUGCACCUCAACUGUGCCCUGUGGUCCACAGAGGUGUACGAGACCCAGGGUGGGGCGCUGAUGAACGUUGAGGUCGCCCUGCACCGAGGGCUGCUCACCAAGUGCUCCCUGUGCCAGCGCACCGGCGCCACCAGCAGCUGCAAUCGAAUGCGUUGCCCCAACGUCUACCAUUUUGCCUGCGCCAUCCGCGCCAAGUGCAUGUUCUUCAAGGACAAGACCAUGCUGUGUCCAAUGCAUAAGAUCAAGGGGCCCUGUGAACAGGAGCUGAGCUCUUUUGCUGUCUUCCGGCGGGUCUACAUUGAGCGGGAUGAGGUGAAGCAAAUCGCCAGCAUCAUCCAGCGGGGAGAGCGGCUACACAUGUUCCGCGUGGGGGGCCUUGUGUUCCACGCCAUCGGACAGCUGCUCCCUCAUCAGAUGGCUGACUUCCACAGUGCCACUGCCCUCUAUCCCGUUGGCUAUGAGGCCACGCGCAUCUAUUGGAGCCUCCGCACCAACAACCGCCGCUGCUGCUACCGCUGCUCCAUCGGCGAGAACAACGGAAGGCCAGAGUUCGUCAUCAAAGUCAUGGAGCAGGGCCUGGAGGACCUGGUCUUCACGGAUGCCUCCCCCCAGGCUGUGUGGAACCGCAUCAUCGAGCCUGUGGCCGCCAUGAGAAAAGAGGCCGACAUGCUGCGGCUCUUCCCCGAGUACCUGAAGGGCGAGGAGCUCUUCGGGCUGACGGUGCACGCCGUGCUGCGCAUAGCUGAAUCACUGCCUGGAGUGGAGAGCUGUCAAAACUAUUUAUUCCGCUACGGACGCCACCCCCUGAUGGAGCUGCCACUCAUGAUCAAUCCCACUGGUUGUGCCCGAUCGGAGCCUAAAAUCCUCACACACUACAAACGGCCUCACACCCUGAACAGCACCAGCAUGUCCAAGGCAUAUCAGAGCACCUUCACAGGCGAGACCAACACCCCAUACAGUAAGCAGUUUGUGCACUCCAAGUCAUCACAGUACCGGCGCCUGCGCACUGAGUGGAAGAACAACGUGUACCUGGCUCGCUCCCGUAUCCAGGGCCUGGGGCUCUAUGCCGCCAAGGACCUAGAAAAGCACACAAUGGUCAUCGAAUAUAUUGGCACCAUCAUUCGCAAUGAGGUGGCCAACCGGCGGGAGAAAAUCUAUGAGGAGCAGAAUCGCGGCAUCUACAUGUUCCGAAUAAACAACGAACAUGUAAUUGAUGCUACGUUGACCGGAGGCCCUGCCAGGUACAUUAACCAUUCCUGUGCCCCUAACUGUGUGGCGGAAGUUGUGACAUUUGACAAGGAGGAUAAAAUCAUCAUCAUCUCCAGCCGGCGAAUCCCCAAAGGAGAGGAGCUGACCUAUGACUAUCAGUUUGACUUUGAGGACGAUCAGCACAAGAUUCCCUGCCACUGUGGAGCCUGGAACUGUCGGAAAUGGAUGAACUAAGAAGCUUAGAGGCUACCAGGCAGGGGAGUCCCCCCACCCCCAACCUCUUCCCUGAAAGGGAUGAGGGGGAAGAGAGGUAGCAGCCAGAGCCAGGACCCAGGGCUGGGGCUGCCGGCUGACCGGAGCCCCUGGAGCAGGAGGCUGGGGCAGAGGGCCCUAGGCCAAGCCCACCCUGGGCACCAGGGACAACCCUCUUCCCCGCCACCGGCCCCCAGGCUGGCAUAUCUGCCCCCAGCUCCAGGAGGGGCCAGACAGAAGCAGCCAUUGGGCAUCUCAGGUUUGAGGGGGAUAUGGGCCGGGAACUACCCAGAAGCAACUGGGAGGCAGCAGGGAGGGGGGAGGAGGAUGUGUGGCCGGGCCUCACAAGCCCUGCUGCUCCCACCGACCUCUCCGGCCCAACUCAAGGCUGCAAAGAGACUUGACUAAGCUUGACAAUCCCAAAGGCCGGGUCCCACACCUGGCCCUGCCUGCCGGGUCCUGCCCCCACCCUCACUCCCAUCCCUUCCCUCUCAAUCUGUCUCUGUCUCCCUCUUUUCCUCUGUGUUUCUGUCUCUCUAUGGGUUGUGUUUCCUUGUUUCCACUCUGACAAAUGCAACAUGAACGGGAAAGAGGCGCCCAGCUGCCCAGGAGGGCAAGCCAGGCAAGCCGGGCAAGGAGACCCCGCACCCACACCUACCUCAUUUAAGUGUUGGAUUUUUUGCUGUUUUGAAAUGUGAGACCCUCUCCAAGCCCCCUACUGCCCCGACCCUCUCUUCCGCCUCACUGCCCUCUUCUGAGUGGGUGGAAGGGGGGUAGGAAGAGGAAGAAAAACAACAACAAAAAAUCCAUCUUUGUUUUUAAUUAUGGGCAUGGGAUGGUGGUUGAGGCUAAUGAUGAUGAAGAUUGGGGAUAACUGGCCCCUAGUUGCUCUAGAACUUCCUUCUCCAUCUGGACAUGGGGGCAGGAGGGGUGUGCUAAACCUAGGACCAGGAUAUCUCCCUCCUGUUUUCCCAACCCCAUCAUGAGCCCAUUUGCCCUCCAGCCCCUGGAUGGGGUGGGUGGGUGGUAGGGUGAGGGCUAUCCCUGAGUGGCAUGCCCAUACCCAGUGAGGCAGGGUGUGGCCCGGAGCUCCCACUUUCCCUCAGUCACCAAACUGCUGCUGGUCUGGUGGGAAGGGGUGGUGAUGUGGGGGUGGGGAGCUUAGUGUCAGCGCGGGGAGGGUGGGGGGUAUUUAUCUAUUUAUACAUGGGAUUGUACAUAGUCUUGUGGGGAAUGGGGGAGCCGGCUGGAGGUGAGAACCCUCCCCUCUCCCCCCACCCCCGGGGAGAGCAAAUGUAAAACUACUAAUUUUUGUGCUUUAUAUAUUCUAUAUAAAUAUAUCUAUUUUCUUUUUACAAAACCAGUUUAUAAAUGGUAGGGGGGUGUGGGGCGGACACAUGGAGCUCCCCUUGUGGGGGGGCCCCCUCCAUUACCCAACCUACCGCCCUUUUCCUCACCCCCUCCUCCCCACCCCCUGGCUAUGACUGCUGUAAGGUGGGGGUAUAGAGGCUGGGCAAUUCUCACCCCCGUUGUAUAGUUGGACUAUGUUAUAACGCACAAAAGUGAGCUGGCCCCAGGGGGAGCCAGAGGGUGAUGGGUUCCCUGCCUCCCUUUCCUUCCCCUUUCUGCCCAAGCUUGUGCUGCAGUUGAACCUCUUCCUGGGGGGGUAGGGGUAGGUCGGGGGUGGGUGAGGCCCCAGACCCCUCUCUAGUAGGGAGCGUGGGGAUGAAGAUGAAGCUUAUAUGCAGUUCUCUCCUAGGGGCUGUGGGCAAAGGGCAUUUUGUAAUUAAUAUUUUCAAGAAUCAAAUGUCUGGAGUGUAGGGGUGGGCUUGGUGGCGGUGGAUGGGCGGGCCUGCUGGAGGGGGAGCAAGGUCGCUGUUGUGAUUUUAGGUUUUUUGUUUUGUUUUGUUUUUGAAUUUGGGGGGUUGCGGAUUGAUGGGGGUAGGGAGAUUUUUUUUUUAAGCUGCAUUCUGCACUGUUUCAAGCUGCAAAUGUUUAAGAGAAUAACACCCCCCCACCCCCACAGAAACCGCUGUCAUUAAAUCAGACAGUGGGAGACUGGGCUGCUGUCCCCCAAAGCCAUUGGAUAUUCCUUUUCCAAGAGCAAAAGGUCUAGGCUACAGGGAGGGGGAGAUUGGCUCCUGUGAGCCAGGCUCUGGUUGGGGCUUGGGCCCUGGGAUUGGGAAAAGGGGAUGGGGCAGACUUUGUAAGCAUAUGCUAGGUAUCCGAUAGUCCUGUAGAAUUUAGUGAAGAAACCUUAUACAGUUUUUAAUUUUUAUAUAAACUAACUCAGACCCAAGCUACAAGGUUGGAAUUUUGGUUGUUGGUUUUUUUUUUUUUUUUUUAAAGUACCCCGCCUGUAUAAUUGCAUCUGAAUUCCCUCCUCCUCCCCGCCCGCCCCCCUCCCCCCGUGUUUGUAUUUUGGGUUGGUUUACACUUGCACAUAUUCAAUUUUCAGUUUUUCCCUUUUACAGUCUUCUCCCCUCACCUCCAGGACCCUCCCCCCUUUUUAAAAAAUAAAUCGCUGACAAGUGUGAAUCCCGUGAAGACUUUAUUUUGUGUUGUGUGUAUCCUGUACAGCAAGGUUGGUCCUUCGUAACAACGGAUGAAAUGAUUCCCUUUUUUAAAGCGCCCUCUCUCCCUCCACCCCCAGCGCCCUGUCCUUGGCAUGUUUUGUAUCGGCGAUCAUUCUGAACUGUACAUAAUUUAUGUUGCAAGAGGCAAAGGGCAAGUUUUGGAUUUUGCUUCUUCCAAGUUUGUUUUUAAACGACAAAUAAAAAAAGAACAUUUUAAAUACAA